UGUCUGGAUUGUACUGAUGGUUACCUUUAAUAAGGUGAUUUUGAAUUUAAUUGCGUCGUUUAGUCCUAAUGAACUGUCGAUUAGCUGUUUUAGCUGCCAAUUAACUUAUGAAUGGCGAGCGUUAAUGAUGGACGUUCAGAGUUUUUUUCGAGGCAAUUGGCUGAAGUACCGGAUUUCGUGAAUCAGCACCGUAAUAAACGGUUAACUUUAAAAGCUAAACAAUCUCAGAACCUCCCCAGACCCAAGUGCUUGGGGUUUGAGUAAAUAAAGCUAGUCUGUUUCUCUGAACAAUAGUUCCCUGCCUUAGACACUCGCGGACUUUGACCGGAACAGUGCUUUUCUACCUGUGUAAAAUCUCAAUCAGGAUCGACUAACUCCAAAGUAGUGUGGGCAGGUCUGCCUAAAGCUAGAAGAUGAAUUGGGGACAACUGCACCUUAUCCUGGGAGGCGUCAACAGAUACUCCACCAGCAUCGGAAAGAUAUGGCUGACGGUGAUCUUCGUCUUCAGAAUCAUGAUUCUGGUGGUGGCGGCGGAGAGUGUUUGGGGUGAUGAGCAAUCGGACUUCACCUGCAAUACCCUGCAGCCUGGCUGUAAGAAUGUCUGCUACGAUCAGUUCUUCCCAAUGUCUCACAUCAGGCUUUGGUGCCUCCAGCUAAUCUUCAUCUCCACCCCUGCCCUUCUCGUCUCCCUGCACGUUGCCUACAAGCAGCACGAAGAGAAGAGGUCCUUGGAGAAACGGCAGGGUUUCUUGAAAAAGGAAGAAAUCGACGCCUUGAAAAAACGGAAGAUGCGUAUAGUUGGUGCUUUCUGGUGGACCUAUGUCACCAGCAUCUUCUUUCGCAUAAUCUUUGAAACUGUGUUCACGUACAUCUUGUAUUUUCUGUACGGCGGGUUUCGGAUGGCCCGUUUGGUUAAGUGUAGCUCCUGGCCCUGUCCCAACAUCGUUGACUGUUUUAUCUCCAGGCCAACGGAGAAAACGGUGUUCACCAUUUUCAUGAUUGUGGUUUCUGGCAUCUGCGUGCUUUUAAAUGUGGCCGAGUUGUUUUAUUUGAUGGUGAAGGCGUGCACAAGGCAGACGUGUUGUACACAACACCCCCGCCAUCUGUCCAGGAGGCAAGAGAAUCAACAGAAUGAGAUGAACGAACUGAUGGAUAUCAAGUGUCAGCAAGCGGCCUUGGAGCUGAACAAACCUCCUUCAGCCACUCGCUGCACCAAUUAACCCCGCCCCGGCACCCAGUGACUCACGUGAUCGACAGUGAAGCACCAAUGGUUAAUGUUCCACUUGCAAGAUUUCGAUAUCGCCUUGGUUUUAAUUGCCGGCUGACACAGCAUCUUUUAGUACCAGGAAGGUGCUUUUAAGCACGCGCUUUUGCACCAACUUAGGCACGUUUAACAAGUUGAAUUCGCGAAGUCUUGCAAUUACAGUAUUAAUGUGCAGAGUGGAGAAACGGAGUCUUAUUCUGAACUUAACCUUGACCGUGUACUUGAACUUAAACUGUAACCAAUAUCUUCAAGAUGCAUGCCAGCAGGCUGUUUUAUCUACGAAUUUGUAGUGUUCAAUGCUGUAAAGUUUCGCGUUCAAUACACCUGAAAAGCUGCGGAGCGUCCUAUCUGUGGCACGACCACUGGGGGGCGCGCGCUCCUAGGACUUGGCGAAUCUAAGCUUUGAACAAUAAAAUUCUUCAUGUCCACAUGCUCUGUACUCCUUUUGUCAUCAAGCGUGGUGGGAAUCUGCUUUCAAAUGCCAAUCAAAUCCCAAU